CGUGAUAAGUUCCAUUCCAUCUCUGCCUUUUCCCCUUGUAGGGUUCCUCGUACCAUGGCUUCUUCAAAGAAAUGGGCAACCACCAUAUCUUCCAUUGCUUCUUUUAUAUAUUUCCUUGUCAUUAUUCUUCAAAUUCCUCUUUUCAGCAUUCCCUGUACCGGCGGAAUAUGUAGAACACCAGUAGAGGUAACAUCCUCACAGUUAAUUGCAUCUGAAGUAUUUCCUUUAUUUCUAGUGAAGGCGCUACUCUACCCGGGGGCCUUUGCGAAUGCAUUCAUCAAGAACAAAGCAAUCCCAGGCUAUGAUAACUUGAAGUUAUAUAACUUCACCAAUGUAAAGGCAGCUGAUGCAAUCUCUGACCUACAGCGUCUAGAGGUUCUUGUUGGAAGCUACUUAUCAGUGGCAGGAGCAUUUCUUGGUCUCAUCAGACCAGGGAGAAUGAGCCUCUUUGGUAUGCUUCUCAUCGUAUGGGGGCUUGUAAGGGAAAUCUUUUCGAGCAAAUCAACGAGCACAGAUCUUAUAUAUAUGUACCCAGCAAUAUCAUUUGCCUUGUUUGCUGCCUUCUUGUCUAUAACAAGAGAUGUAAGGAGGAUAAUCCGUUGUUGCAGAGCUCCUCGAUGUGUGAAAACAAAACUUAUAUAAGUUGACGUACGCCUUCGUUACUCAUAUAUAUUUUUAAACUCUUCUCCUUUGUAUUCUUUGUUAAUCAUAAUGAAAGGAACAGUGUGUUUGAUAA